AUGCUUUAUCAUCCUGGUAAGGCCAAUGUGGUUGCUGACACUUUGAGUAGAAAAUGUCAGACGGGAGGUUCUUUAUAUAUGGAGAUGGUGGAUAGAUAUGUGAAUGAUAGGGGCGAUAAUGAUGAUGAAGACAUGCUUCUGCUUGAUGAUGAUGAAGGGGAUUUAUCGGGAAUAGACGAUCGGUGGUGUCUAGUAGGGCGUUUUCUUACGAAACAGAAUGUCGAUUUUCAGGUUAUCGAUGGCAGCCCGUGGACAUUUGAUCGUGCUCCUCUAAUCUUCGAAAGGCUGAAACAGGGAGAGAACCCAAGGAUGGUGCCGCUGAAUAGACUCGACUUCUGGGUUCAGCUACAUAACCUGGAGUCGGGAUUCAUGACUGAGUCUACAGUGAGAAAUGUGGUGAAUCAUGUAGGUACGUUCCUUAAAUCCGAUCCUAAUUAUUUUGUUGGUGUUUGGAGGGAUUUUUUGCGGGUUCGGGUGAAGUUGAAUAUUGAUAAACCUCUGAAAAAGAAAAUGAAACUUGAGAAGAAGAGUGGUAAAUCUUCUUCCCUGAUCUUUAAAUAUGAGGACCUCCCAACAUUUUGCUUCAUUUGUGGUGUUCUUGGCCACUCCGAACGUUUCUGCGAGAAGCUUUUUGAUACGCCUCCGGAAUUGAUCGUCAAGGAAUACGAUUUGUCAUUGAAGGCAGCCCCACGACGUCGACAACACACCAAGGGUUCACAAUGGCUAUGA